AUGGACCGCGAAAUUGCUCCUAAGCUGCUAUCUGCGGCCGCCACCUUCCCACAGACGAAACGCGCCCUGAGUGGUGAUCGAGCGAUGCCCAAGCGCGAAGAACUCAACGACUAUAAAUAUGCCUGCUGGUACAUUGUGCGACGCCGAGGGGAACUGUUCAUCAAACCCUGCACCCAGUCGGAAAUCCAGUUCUACGAGUCUGCUCACACACUGCAUCCCGACUUUGCCGAUCUGAUGCCCCUCUACUAUGGUAGUCUUUCCCUCACGGAGACUACGACAGAUGAGAUGAUUCAUGCCCAAAUCCCCGGUAUCGUCGCCAAGGCGGAUGUACCUGAGGCUGCAAAAAAAGACGUCCAGGCGCAUCUGCAUCUUGAUCAGAGGGCCACGCUAGUCUCGCCCGCUCCCGGUGCGGCUCCCGAACUCCAUCGUACUGUCACGGAUCCUGGGAAUGGAGGAGAUUGGGUCCCGAAUAAGAGUCGGAAGAUCACAACUGAUAAAGCAGUGGUACUGCACAACUCGAGUUUCGGCUACAAGAAGGCCAACAUCAUGGAUGCAAAGUUGGGAUACGACCUCGCGGCCCCUGAUGCGCCACAAGCAAAGAAGGACCGCUUUAGAGAAAUCGCAGAAGCGACGACGCACAAAAAUUAUGGAUUCCGUGUCGCGGGCAUGCGUGUCUACCAAGGCACUCCGUACCUCCCCAAGGAGUCGGGCGGAGAUGGGGAAGAUGGGGAAGUUGUGAAGCAGGAUGACGAAGGGUUCAAAAUCUACGACAAAUACUGGGGUCGCGACACAGUCAAGGAUAAUAACGUGCAGGAGAUGCUUUGGAAGAACUUCUUUUUCAUCGAGUCGGCUGGUAUUGACGAAGAGCUGGCCAGGAUUGUUGUACAGGCUUUCCUCGCAGAUCUGGAGAUGGUAGAGGAAGUUUUGAUGGCCAACGAGAGUCGAAUGUACUCAGCAAGUCUGCUGUUUGUCUUUGAAGGGGACGGCGAAGCUCUCAGAGUUGCCAUGGAGGAGAAGACAGCCCUUGCACAGAAAAGAGAAGAGGAACGGGAGGCACGCAGCAAUGCACGAUCGUCAGUACUCGACAAGGUCACGGAAUCUGGACCAUGCGCUAAUCUUCGUAUCGACAGUGGCAUUGGCAUGGAUGAAGACGGCAAUGCCGUUUUCAAUUCUACCAUCGCAGACCUAGUCUACGAAGAUGGGUCGGAUUACUCAGACGAGGAAGACUUUUCGACGGAACCCUACAUCUACAGUUUGAAACUCAUCGAUUUCGCCCAUGCGAAAUGGCAUCCUGGACAAGGACCGGAUGAGAAUGUACUUCAAGGUGUACGAGGUCUCAUCAAACUUUUGAAGCGAAUGCUUGAUUGA